AUGGAAGACUUUGAUGAUAUGGUUGAUAUGGAAAUUAUUAAUGAUUAAGAAUUAUUGGUUAAUCUCAAAAAGAGAUAUUAGUUAAAAAAAAUAUUCACAUAUGUUGGACCUACAUUAUUAGUAAUUAAUCCAUUUGAAGCAUGUCCACAUUUAAUUAAUCAAGAAACUAAAAAUAAAUAUAUAUAAUAAGCAAUCAAUAAAGAAAAUAGAAGUACUUAACCUCCACAUAUGUAUGCUAUUGGAGCUGAAGCAAUUAAAUGUUUAUUUGAAAAUCAAAAAAAUUAAGCAAUUAUAAUAUCAGGUGAAAGUGGAGCAGGAAAAACAGAAAAUGCUAAAUCAUGUAUGAAUUUAAUUACUAGUGUGAAAUUUGAAACUCCAAGAUAAUCAUAAGAAAAAAAAAAUAGUAUCAAUAAAUUCGCCAUCGAAGAUCGAGUAAUUCAAUUCCAAUUUAUUUCUAGAUUCUUUCAUGUAAUCCUAUCUUAGAAGCUUUCGGUAAUGCUAAAACUUUGAGAAAUAAUAAUUCAAGUAGAUUUGGUAAAUAUACCAAAAUCUACAUCUCAAAAAAAGAUAAGAAAAUUAAAGGAGCUCAGAUAUAUAAUUACUUAUUAGAGAAAAGUAGAAUAUGUUUGUAAGGAAAAGGAGAGAGAAAUUUUCACAUCUUUUAUCAUAUUUUAAAGGGAAUGCCGAUAAAUGAAUUACAGCAAUUAUUCUUAAGUGAAAAUGAUUAGCCUAUAUAAUUGAAUAAAAUAUCAUACAUUAAUACUAUAUAAGAUGUUGAUGGAAUAGAUGAUAAGAAACUAUAUGAUGAAGUCAAUCAAUCUUAUAAUUUAUUAGGUUUAGAGUCUGAUAAAUCUAAUAUCCAUUAAAUAGUAGCAGCUGUAUUACAUUUAGGAGAUUUGUAAUUUAAUGAUGCUACUCUUACUGAUGAUGUUCCCUGUUAAAUUAUCACAGAAAAUAAAUUAGAAUACUUAUCUAAAUUAUUAUAAUUAAAUAUAAAAGAAAUAAGUGAAGCUUUAAUACUUAAAUAAAGAAUUAUAAAUAAAUAAAAGAUUAUUUCUCCUGUUUCAUAUAAUUAAUGUAUCUAAAAUAGAGAUUCAUGGGCUAAAGAAUUAUUUGAACGAUUAUUCAAUUGGCUUGUUUGUAAAUUGAAUUAGAAUAUCCUACCAGAAGAAGAAUUUGAUAUUAAUAAUAAUAAUACAUAUAUUGGAUUGUUAGAUAUCUAUGGAUUUGAAGUUUUUGAUAAGAAUGGAUUUGAAUAAUUAAUAAUUAAUUAUACAAAUGAGAGACUUCAUUAAUUAUAUAUUUAAUAUGUAUUUAAAGGAGAAGAAAUAGUAUUUAAAGAAGAAGGACUUGAUAAAUUUUGUUAACAUAUCAAAUACAAAGAUAAUUAAGCCUUAAUAGAUUGUUUAGAUAAAUCUCCAUUAGGCAUAUUUGAUAUCUUAGAUGAAGUAUGUUAAGUAGGUGGAGAUGAUGAUUUAUUAAUUAGUAAUAUAAGAAAAAAACAAAAAGAUCCUAAAUAUGUUUUAUAACCUAAAAUGCCUUCAACCUAAUCAUUUAUUAUUGUUCACACUGCUAGAAAUGUUGAAUAUUUGAUUGCUGGAUUUAGAGAAAAAAAUGUUGAUGAAAUUAGUGUCUUAACUGCAUUUUAUAGUGAAAAAAGUGGUAAUCCACUUAUUUCUAAAUUAUUUACUGUUGAAGAUAAAUAAGUAUAAACAGUUACUAAGAAAGAUAAAAGUUUAUCAAAAAAAAUAAGAACAUAAAUGAAUGAUUUAAUGAAAGAAUUAACUAAUAAUUGUGAUGUCCAUUUUGUUAGAUGUAUUAAACCAAAUGACCUUAAAAAACCAUAAUUAUUGGAAGAUGAUUAUGCAUUAUAAUAAAUAAGAUAUUUAGGUGUAUUAGAUAGUUUAAAGGUUAGAAAAUAAAAUUAUCCAUUUAGAAGAUUGCAUAAAUAAUUUUAUAAAUAAUUUGGUGAAAUAACAUCUAAUCCUCUUUUUAAUAUUCUUGAAUAAUAAUCUGCUGAUUUUAGAGAACUUAAUCUAUAAUUGUUUUAAUAAUAUUUUCCAAAACUUGGUCCUGAAUUAGUCUUAUUUGGAUAAAAAAGAAUAUUCAUUAGAAUAGAAGGUAUGGAUAUUAUUCAACAGGUUUUUACUGAAAUUAUGGUAAAAAAGAGUAAGAUUGCUUUAAAAAUUUAAUAUAAUUGGCAUAAAUAUUUGAUUAAAAAGAAUCUAAAGAGAAUACACGGUCAUUAUUAAAAGAUCAAAUUAUGUAAUUGGAGUAAAGCUCUUAAAGCAUUUUAGAAUUUGUAUUAUUAUUAACUUAGAUAAUCAAAGAUGAAAUUAUAUUAAAAUUAACUUGAUAAGAUUUUAUAGUAUGUAUAUAGAUUGUAAGCAAUUAAUUAUUUUGAUAAAAUAAUGAAUAAUAUAAUAAUUAUUUAAAGAUAGAUUUAGAAAUGGUUGUUUUUGAAAAGAAUAAAAAAGUUAGUUUUAGUUAAAUACAAUAUAAAUUAUAUAAUAGACAAUACUUGGUAAUCUAUUAGGUUGAAAAAGGUUUUGGUGAUAUAGAGUUUUUUUAGAGGAUAAAGAGUUAGAAGAAUACAUAAAAAUGUUGUUAUAAAAUCUUAAUAAGCAAGAUUGAACAAAAGAAAUGAACUUGCAGCAAUAAGAAUUUAAAAAAGAAUUAAAGGCAUUCAAGUUAGAGAACAUAUCAGAAAAUUGAAUAAAGCGGCUUUUAAAAUUCAAGGUUUUGUGAAAAUGAAAUGGUUAUCUACUACUUUUAAGUAAAUAAGAAUGAGUACAAGAAAGAUUUAAAAAUUGAUAAGAAUAUAUUUGAUAAAAUAACGAGCAAAAAAUAUAAAGAAAGAGAAAUAUUUGAAACCUUUAGAAGAGGAGAUAUAAUAAAUUAUUAAGAUUGAAGAAAAUGAUUUAUUUGGAAAUAAUAUAAAUUAAUUUAGUUUUGAUUAAAUAUUGAAUUAAGAAGAUGAUUAAUUUCGAGAUAAAGGAUAAUUAUUUGAUAUAAUAGUAGAUUUAGAAAUAUUAUCUGAUGUUGGUUGUUAUUCACCAUCCUUUGCUUAAAAUUAUAAAGUAUUAUUUUAAUAAUGUUAUAAAAAUGAAAAUAUAAUAUAAAGUGUUAGAGUUGGUAGUUUUCAUAGUAUUGCAUCUACAAAUGCAAAUAAAUUAUAUGUUUGGGGUUUAAAUAAUGAAGGUUAAUUAGGAUAAGGAAGAGCGAUUGAUAUUCCUUAAUAACCAUAAUUACUAAAUCUUAAUGUGAUAAUGGAUUAAAUAGAAUGCACAGACUUUAAUAGUUAUGUAAAAUGCCAUGAUGGAAAACUUAUCAUUUGGGGUGCAUAAUGUUAAACUAUUAGUUAUGUUGAUAUUUAGCCAAUUAAAUAAAUAUCAUGUAGAUUUGAUAGAACAUAUAUAGUAACUCAAUAAGGAUAGAUUUAAUAUUGGGAUAGUGAUCAUGUUAUUUAAAACAUUGCAACCAAUUCUCCUAUCUCAUAAGUUUCUAUUGGUUUAAAUUUUGUUGCUUUACUCACUAAUUAUGGAUAAGUAAUGGUGAAAGGAACAAAUGAACACGGAUAAUUAGGUUUAGGAGAUAAUUUAUUUCGUUAGGAAUUAAACUAAAUUAAAAUUCCUUACAAAGCUAAUUUAAUUAGUUGUGGUUUAAAACAUUUAAGUAUUUAAUGUUGUAAUGGAAAGGCUUAUGUAUCUGGUUGGAAUUUGCAUGGUUAAUUAGGAUUAGGAGACUUAUAAGAUAGAUGGAAUAUUGUAUAAUUAAAAUAAGAGAUUUAAUAAAUCUGUUGUAGUAGAACAUCAACUAUAAUUCUUUUAGAAAAUAAAUUAAUUCUCUGGUGUGGUACUAAUGGUUUCUUAAAGUACUAAAAUGAAUUCGUUCAAUUAGUUAAGAAAGUAUGAAUUUUGUUGUUAUUAUUAAAAGGUGAAGUAUUUAUAAAAAUUGAAUCCAGUACGAAUUUAAUGUUCUUAUUCUAAAGUUAUUAGCCUAAUUAACAUAACUUAUGCUAAAUUGGAAAAGAUAAAAUAACCAGAAAAGCUUAAAGGAAUUUUGGGAACUUUAACUUAAAAAUGGAUUGAGUGUAACAUUAAUUCAAUAGAUCCUCCUAUGAUUGAAAGUGUUUCCAACUACUUGAUGCAUUAUCAUAUGAAAAAGCCCACUUCUAACAACUCUUAAAUUGUAUUAAAUAAAGUUUGUAGGAAAUGA